AUGUUGGGAAUAGCGCACCGUCUUUGUGUAGCGUUGACUAUAGUUGUAUUAUUUUGUAGUAAUUUUGACUGUUUACAAAUUAACCUAGAAGAUUCAGUGUCGUACAAGCUAAAAAAUGUUGAUGUGUAUCCAGAAGAUUCAGACGUCACGGAUUCACCGAAGAUUGAGGAAAAAUAUGUUGAAAUAGUUCCAGACAUAUUCGCUAGCGAGAGAGAUAACUAUGAUGGGGAAUUAUCGGAGGUAAUGAAAACAAAAGUGAUCAAUACACUCAAGACAAAGCGAAAGGUACGUCAAGCAGGAUUUAAUCACGGGUACGAAUCACUAUACCCACAGGUGCCCUCAGGGCCUCCUUACAAUCAAUAUCAGCCAUCUGCACCACAAUGGAAUUCAAAUACCAACAACUAUUCUCAAUCUGGUUAUCCAGCUCAACAGGGUUAUAAACCAAACCAGGGAUCGUUUAAUCCUAGUCAACAACCAAACCAAAGGCCUUAUAAUCCAAACCAAGGAACUUACAAUCAAGGCCAGAUACCUUAUAAUCCUAGUCAAGGAACCUAUAAUUCAAGUCAGCUACCUUACAAUCCAAACCAAGGGUCAUAUAAUCCAAGCCGUGGGCCGUAUAGUCCAAGUCAAGCACAGUAUAAUCAAACUAAUGUACCAUAUAACUCAAAUACGGGCUCCUAUUACCCAAGUAACUUUCCUAAUCAAGGACAAUCUAAUUAUUCUAACAAUCGACCUUAUAAUCCAUCUUCGGGGCUUAAUCCUUACGGAUCGUAUAGUACUACAAGCAGACCUUAUUAUCCAGCCAGUAAUCAAAAUUCAUCCUAUAACCGCAACACAAAUGUUCCUCCUUAUUCAAAUAGUUAUGGACCCCAGAAUUCAACAGUUAAUUUUAUAACCACUCCUAGGCCGUACAAUUCUGGAUAUAAUAAUAAUUCAUAUCCAGGACAGCAGCAAUAUAACAAUAAUUAUCCCACCAAUCCAAACAACGGUUCUCAGCGACCUCCUAAUAACAGUAACUAUAAUCCUAGUCAGAAUCCAUCGUAUCCGUAUUCAAGUGUGCCAGGUAACAAUCCUUCAUCGCAAUAUCCUCAAAACUCGAAUCCCUAUGGAUAUAAUACAAACUCCUAUUCUCAAAAUCCCACUCAAAACUACCAUCUUCAACCCAAGAAUUUAUCCUAUUCUCAACAUCAUUAUUAA